ACCCUGAAUUAAUUUGUAAAUACACAAGAGAGCCACCUGGCGUCUUCAUUCAUGUUUAUCGAACCAUACGUGGACAGAAGCAUUAAGCAGUGAGUUCGUGGUUAAAAAAGCUGGAAAGUAGCGAAAAUGCUGCAGAUCGGGGCUUACCUAUGUCUAGCCUGUUUACUUCUUCUCAAAGUUAACGAUGUUUCCUCGGAGACUGUCCAAGGAUCCAUUCUGUUAAACAAGGGUGUAUUUGACAAGGUUGUGAAGAAAUACAAAGCUGUGUUAGUAAAGAUUGACGAGACUUACCCCUAUGGAGACAAGCAAGACACUUAUAAGUCUGUUGUGGAGUCCACAUUGUCCCAGAUCGAUUUACUCUGUGCAGAAGUCCAAGUGGCAGAUUAUGGUGAGAAGGAAAAUGCAGACAUUGCUGAAAAAUAUGGAGUGAAGAAGGAUGACUUCCCAGUCUACAAACUUUUUGUUGAAGGCAAAGAUGAACCUGUGACAUACCAAGGGAAUACCAAAAGUUCUGAUGAUAUUGUAAAGUUUUUAAUAAGAGAAUCAGGUUUGUGGCUAGGACUACCAAGUUGUCUUGAAGAUUUUGACAAAUUGGUUGCAGAGUUUCACAAAGCUCCAAAAGAUAAAAAAUCUGAUAUCUUGGCCAAGGCAGAAGAACUAACCAACACAUAUACAACAGAAAAGGAUAAGAAAUCGGCAGAAGUCUAUGUCAAAACUCUGAAGAAACUAGUAGAAACACCAGAUUUUGUAGAUACUGAAAUUAAAAGGGUUGAAAAAUUAAAAGAUGGUAAAGUUAGUGACAAAAAGAAAGAACAGCUGAAUGACAGACUCAAUAUUUUAACGUCAUUCCAAAUGAGACUUAGAGAUGAACUUUGAAAUUAUGUAAAAAAUAAAGUAAUAAAUCACAAAGUCAUUCACUCAGACAUUCAUUUACUCCAGAUCAUGUUUACAACAAUCACAAAAUCUUUCUUUUCUACUUUUUUAAAUGAAAAUCUAAUCAUGUAAAGAAUAAUUUGCAUUUUAUUUGGUGUUGUUGGAUAUUAUGGUGCUAUAUAUUUCAUUUUGUAUUGGUUUGCUUAUCUAAUUAUGACCAAAGUCAUUUUCUGGUGGAAACACUGAAUAAAUUAUGUGAAAUUGGGAUAUUUUGAUUAAAUGUGAGUCAUACUUUGUAUGGGUAUUGAAGAUCUCCUAAGACACAAUGUACAUUCCAAUGCAGAAUUAUUAUAUUUGAAUAUCAAAUGUGCUAUUGAAUAGUUUGAAUACACUUUUUAUUUGUUUGUGUUAA